AUGAUACGCGAUUACGUCCUCAAGCACGUCCUAUCCACGAACCUCGAUUCUGGAAGCAGCCCCCAGAAGGCAUCGAAACCAGCCGAUCAACCACCUCAACAAGGGUCAGGUCGAUAUAUAGGUGCAAUCGACCAAGGUACCACUUCAUCGAGGUUCAUUAUCUUUGAUGCUGAAGGGAAUCCAGUCGCUUCUCAUCAAGUGGAGCUAAGUCGCAUCUGCCAGCAUUCUGGGUGGCAUGAACAGGAUCCUGGAGAGAUAGUCUCCUCGGUAGAGAAAUGCAUUGAUCAGGCAACUAGAGCGUUCACUUCUCUAGGCUUCUCGGUCAGGGACCUCCAGACUAUUGGCCUUGCCAGCCAACGCGAAACCACAAUCGUAUGGGAUUGGGAGACCGGAAAACCUCUGCAUAAUGCGAUUGCAUGGCCAGACACGCGGACCACCUCACUGGUUAGAGAACUGAAGUCAAAAGAGGGAGCAGACAAACUGCAGGAGAUUUGCGGGCUUCCACUCUCCACCUAUUCCUCCGCUACCAAGCUGGUUUGGCUUCUUCGCAAUAUCCCUGAUGUGAAAAAGGCAUACGACGACGGCCGGUUAGCAUUCGGAACUGUUGAUACUUGGCUCGUCUACAAUCUAAACGGCGGGAAUAAGAGUAACGUCUUUGUCACAGAUGUGACCAACGCCUCUAGGACUAUGUUCAUAAACCUCCAUUCUCUUAAAUAUGAUGAGACAUUGCUUAACUUCUUUGAGAUUGACCAGUCGAAAAUAAAACUCCCCAAAAUUGUUGCGUCUGCUCACGAAUCGGCAUUUGGGUCAAUGGCGAAUGGUCCCCUGAGCGGUAUCAAAAUCACGAGCUGCCUUGGAGACCAAUCUGCUGCAUUGAUUGGCCACUGUGCUUUCUCUCCUGGCCAAGCUAAGAACACUUACGGGACUGGCUGCUUCCUCCUCUAUAAUGUGGGCAAGUCGCCGGCUAAUCGCCUGUAUAUGCUUUGGAAGGAAGCAUUGCUGUUGCUGGAAGUGGGGGAUGCGAGAAAAAUCAAUGACGAAGCCGCCACGGUGCCCGAUUCGGGUGGAUGCGUAUUCGUUACUGCCUUCAGCGGAUUGCUUGCCCCUUACUGGAUCGAUGAUGCAAAAGGCACAAUUUUCGGCCUCUCGCAGCAUACUCAACGAGGCCACAUAGCCCGGGCAACCCUGGAAGCUGUGUGUUUCCAGACCAAAGCAAUUCUAGAUGCUAUGGGAAAAGACAGCGGCGAGAAACUGAAGGAGCUGGCAGUCGACGGCGGCUUGUCAGCUAGUGACAUAUGUAUGCAAUCCCAAUCGGAUAUUAUUCAGCUGCCCAUUUCACGGCCAGAGAUGCACGAGAUUACCGCACUUGGUGCGGCUAUUGCGGCGGGAUACGCGAUUGGCAUCUUCAAAGACCUAGAGGCUUUACGAGGAACGAACAAGUCGAGGAGGUCGACGAUCUUCAAACCCGAAAUAGCUGAGUCAGAAAGCGCGAGGAUGUAUAAACAAUGGUCAAAAGCUGUCGAAAUGUCUCGAGGUUGGCUAGACAAUGCAGUCUAG